AUGGAUGACCUAAAAAAACAAAUUGAUGAAUUAAAAGUUACAAAACAGAAAGUAACUACUUUUUCUCAGGAUAUAUCAGAUUUGAAAACAUCAAUGCAGUUCCAUGCAGAAGAGCAAGUAGAUAUUAAAAAACGCAUUAACGACAUCUGUCUAGAGGGGUCAAAGCAGUCUUCACUAUUAUUUGACAACUUGGUAUCCAAAAUAGAUUUCCUGGAACAACAGUCUCGAAACUGCAAUAUUGAAAUAUGUAAUGUUCCUGAAAAACGUGGUGAAAAUUUACUUAAUAUUAUAGAAAUGGUUGGCAGUGCUGUUAACUUUCCUAUAUGUCAAAAAGACAUCGUUUCUAUUCAUAGGGUGCAACAUGCCACUCAGCAAGGCAACAAACCAAAAAGCAUUGUUGUUAAAUUUACCUCACGCAUAUUUCGCGAUAACCUAAUCAGUGCAUAUCGCUUAACGAAAACUCUUAAAGCUGAAAAAAUAGGCAUAGCAGGCUCAACUGCUACUGUCUACAUUAACGAGCACCUUACCCUUAAAAACAAACAGUUAUUUCGAAAAACAAGGGAAGCUGCUGCUUUGCAUAACUAUAAAUAUGUUUGGAUCAAAAACUCCACUAUAUUGGUGCGAAAGAGGGAUGACACGUCUGCCUUUGCGAUCCGCUCCGAAGGUGACAUACGUAAAAUUAAAGGCAAAGAUGAUUUUAUACCAUGUACUACAAAGGAAAAUAAUGAAUAACACUAUUUUAUCGCACACAAUAGAAGACCAUCCUAUUUCAAGUUUUAGUCUUAUUUUAACGCAUAUUUUUAUUUCGCAUGGAGUUUCUUCUUUUUAUUGUUUCUGCUCGUUAAAUGAUGUAUUUGUUAUAAUAUUUUGCAUGACAGAUUUAUAUCUCACCAUUUUUUGUACAAGCUCUGAUACUGCGGUAAAACUAUUAAUAAUAUUGUUUGUCCCCAA